AUGAACCAUUUAAUUGAUGUUGAGCUAAAAGUGGGUACGUUUCAACAAGCAAGCAGAAUAAUUCUUGAAAACGAUGGUGGGGCAGCGUCGUUGUCUGAGGAUUCAGAAGAAGAGAGACUAAAGGUGCUUUUUGACGUUCUUGCAGAGGUAAUCAAGAGGAAAGUCCAGAACUAUUCUAUGGAUAAGGCGGGCACUCUGUGCAUUACUUCUCGAGAUAUAAUUGAAGAGGGGCAAGGAAGCAUUGAAUUGGUCGAUCCGCUUACAGCGGCUCAAAAACAACUGCUUAAAAGCUUGAUCAAAAUCAUUUUCCACCAUGCUGACCACUUACAUGAAUCCGAGUACACUAACAUAGGACAGAAUAAUUUGAUCCUUUCUGUAUUUGUCAAGAAAAUUACUGUCGAAGUGUUUCCCGAUAACCUUCCUACAACACCAGAUCCUUGGUACAGCGGAACAAACCUUUUAACAGCAGUUCACACCAUUCUGGAGGCAGACUCUAACCUUACAGUUCCUAAAAUACAGGCCACCAAGACCAAAAGCUACACCGUAAAGUUCUAUUCUUGUUUGGAAGAAUUUGAUACCAUGAGUGCUAGGGACUUACUUGGAACCUUUGAUAGUAUCGACCUCGGUAAAGAAGAGGAAGAUAACAACUUUGAAGAUGAGGCGCAAACAUUUUGCGAGGAAAUGCCAGCAACAACAAAGUACACACCCUUUGUCAUUCCGCUUUCUCAAGAGUCUCUGAAUUUUGCCAAAGUAACACCAUUACCUUCUAAACAUUUUGAAGACCUUUGGGAAAAUCUUCAUUUUGAAGAUGACAUCAAACAAAAAAUGUACGGUUACGCGACUGUAUCCUUAGAACUGAAAAACUUUUCAGAAGACGUGGGUAAUUCAAACGGCAAUUUGGAUCAAAUUCUUGUGAACAAUAAGCUUCUGAUUGUUCAUGGCCCCCCUGGAACUGGAAAAACUACCCUUUGCAGGGGAUUGUGCCAUAAGUUAUCAAUCAGAAACACUAAGGUCUCAGUUCUAGACAUAAUCAAACCCGUUUAUAAAGGUAUUGUGGUUGAAAUAUCGUGUUCGCACAUUUUUUCCAGGUGGUUUGGCGAGUCAGCUAAAAACAUUGGAACUCUAUUUGAUGACCUUGAGGCGCUUCUAAAACUCAAUGAAAGAACCCAAACCUUUGUAUGCAUGAUUAUAGAUGAAGUUGAAACAAUUGCAGGUUCUAGAAAAGAUAUUUUAAGCAAGAAUGAGUCUAGCGAUAGCGUGCGUGUCGUGAAUACCUUGUUAACAAGAUUGGAUUCCUUGAAAAAAUACAACAAUUUUCUGAUAUUAGCAACUUCGAAUCUGCUUGAAUCUUUGGAUCCUGCAUUUGUGGAUCGAUCAGAUGGAGUAUUUUCUAUUGGUAAUCCCUCCAGAGAAUCAGUUUUUAAGAUUUUGUUCUCCUCAAUUCAAAAACUAAUCUCACUGAAAGUCGUAACAACGGAAGAUUCCGACGACGUUAUUGACAACCACAAAUACAAUAGUAUAAUCAACUUGAUUACAAACCAUUGUCUAAAAUUGGAAUUAAGUGGAAGAACACUUAGAAAACUUCCAUUAUUAUGUCUCUCGGAAAACUUUAGAAAAUUGCCAGUCCCCUUGGACAACUUCAUGAUGGGACUCGCUCAAUUGGUCAAGCAAUUUCACAAAUGA